AUGCAGCAGAGGCCCACUGGCAAGGCUUACGUGCGCUUCAAAAGUCAUUCGGAGGCUCUGAAAGCGCUGGAGGCAAUUGCCGGGGUUUCUGGUGCAGAUGGAGUGUCGAAGGCUUCGUGGUCUGAGUCCGAGAGGGCUCUGAGAGGCACACGUGGGGCCUACGGCUUGAACAUGCUACAGCACCUGCAAGGGGCAGGGGGAGGCAGACUGCAGGAGAUAUGCCAGGCCGCUGGCGCAAGCUCCUUAUAUGUGGAGCUUCUCGAUCCCGUCCUUGGCACGCUGGGAAGCCAGCACGUUCUCUUCGCGGUGCGAUGUGCAGAGUCUUUGCAGGCAGAAGAAUGCUGGAAGCUCCUGGCUGACGCCCUCGCCCGCGUGCAUGAAGCCCACGUGUCAGAGGUGCGAGGUAGCCUCGUCCUACGUGGAUUUCCGUCGUCCUGGUCAGAGAAAGGUCUCAAGUUCGUGUUUGCACCUUUUGGUGGACUUUCGUCCGUCUUCAUCGAAGACGAGGAAAAGGACACCAUUGCAACGACCGUGUCGGGUGAGGUGCGAUCCUCAGGGCGACUUGCAUAUGUGAAGCUCCGAAACAACCAAGCCAUGGACAAGGCCGUUACAAACUUGCACCAAACAAAGGUUGGCGACGGGGACCUGGUUGAGGAGUGCAUUGUGGCGUGCCACCGCUGGCACAGCAGCUCCUGGUCGGAUGGCAGCUUCCAGGUCAGCAUUUUCGUUGACCAGUUGGCGUUGAGCCGAAGACCCUCAGAGGUAGCACCUGGACCCGAAGAUCGAGAGCUGUAUGUCCGGAAUCUGCCACUGCAUGAUAUGACCAGACAGCAGCUGCAAGAAUACUUCGAGGGCUUCGGCGAAGUGGAUGUUUUGCAUCUCAUCUCCGAUCCGUUCGCUGUGGAACCCUUAAACGAGGGGUAUGUAAGAUUCAAGCACCAUCGUGAUGCCCUCCGGUGCAUCGAAGCGCUGACACCUGCGGACCCCGAGGAGGCAGAUCCUACGGAUCUUGCAGGCACAUGGUCCGAGUCGGAACGUGUCUUGCAGCGCAAGAACAACUGCUACAGGUUCAACCUCGUGUCAGAAUUGGUCGGGGCUGACGGAUCUGGACUGGAGAAGAUGAAGGCCGAAGCCAGGCUGAAGGGUCUUUGGAUCCUGGGCGACAGCCUUCAGCUCAAGGACCGCACAGCUCCACAAGCUUCCGGCAGGCAACUUCACUUUGUUGGUCGGUGUUCGGAGGAGGCGGAUGUUCGAUUCUUCCGCGAUGUGCUGGAGCGGGAAAUCGAGGUAAUACACAAGAAAAUUUCAUCGCGCCGCGAGAAGCGCAGGCGCAAG